UCAAAUAUUAUUACUCAAACAGAAGGUGUUCGUGAAAAAUUUGAAAAAAUUUUCCCUUCUGCUGUAACAUACAUAUGUGAUUCGUUGUCUACAACACGAAGCAAAAGGAAUAGACUCUUAUCAUUACCAUUUAUUGGAAAUGAUACAUAAACUGUUGAGCAACGUUCGACCAGGAGUUCUUGAGAAAAUAACGACAACCGAAACUGGCAUUAUAGCUUGUAUUUGGUUUCCAAUUCCCUUCGUUGGCGAUUUCAACACCCAAAUGAUGGCGCUGCGUUUACUAGUCAUGUUUCUAAAGUGUGUAGAUUCAAAAAGCUUUCAAAAUGAACUUGAUAAGAUUCGAGGUGUACCCAAAUCUUUCAUGAAGAAUGAGCCGACCGCGGCAAUAUCUGUUGGAAAUUUUCAUACAGCCGAAUUCGAAAAGAUCGAUGAUAUAUCGUCGCAUAUGAUGCGGCAAUUGCCUUUGGCUGAUGGCUUGAUUGGUCGCUAUUCGCUUGGCCCGAAAGCGUAA